AUGGUAUCGCCAGUUGUGUAUGGCGGCCAUGGUCGACGUCUUGGUGAGAGUGCGGAUACUUGUGAAGCUAGUAUGGCUGGUCAACCCUGGGCAUCCCUCCGUUUGGGGGUCCAUUUCAUCGACCUAGAGACCGACCUGCCAGACCAGACCAUGCGGGACUUUGUUAGAUCAGAAGCGGUGCCACGAGCCGUCUCCUACUGGCAGAAGACCUUGAAGGUUCGUCGAGCCCAAGCUCCUAUUAGGGGUGCUAGGUCUUGUCGUAGUGAAUGGCUUCCUGGUAAGUGUGCUCGUGUUCGUUAUGAAGGUGGUGGAGCCUCCUGUGGUGCUAUUGAUGGUACUCCUAUUAUGAUCCCCGAUGAGUAUCUAGAUGAGCUCAUCACCUACGGAGGGUGCUACACUGACGGCACCUGUAUCUACCCGACCGUCUAUCCAGCUGGUGAGGGGUACAGUGACGUUGAUAUGGUUAUCCUUGUUACCGCCAAACCCGACUCGGACUGCGGUGCGAAUGGCGUUGGUACAUUCGCAUUCGCUCUUAGUUGUCAAAGAGAUCAGUGUGAUAGACCUACCUUCGGCCUCGUUAAUAUAUGUCCUCAAAUGAUCGAUGUAAACUCUAAGUUUGCCAAGGAUGAGCUCAUUGGGACUAUGAUCCAUGAGCUCACCCAUGCCUUGGUCUUCUCCUCGAGCAAGUACGCCCUAUACCGAUACGCAGAUGGAACUCCUCGUGUGCCGCGAGACACCUCUAACGAUCAGCUUCUACCAUACGGCGUCAGGUAUCAGUGUUCGACCUCUAACGGACUCUCCGUCACUUAUCCGUCCUCAACCGGUAAUUACAUGUAUAUCGACGCCCCUGGUGUUGUUGAGGUCUCCUCUGGUCGUGGUAUGGACAAGGAAGACUGCAAGUGCCCGACUGGUCGUACGGGCUCGACAACAAGCGCCGAUAUGCAGCAGUGUUUGCUAACACCUAAGGGGAGCUGUGUCUUUAAGAUCGUCACACCCAAGGUCGUAGAGAAGGCUAGGAAUUAUUUUGGAUGCUCUGCAUUGGACGGUAUGGAGAUCGAGAAUCAUGGGUCGGGACAGGGCUGUACUGUUCUCGAGUCCCACUGGGAGCAGAGGAUCCUUGAGGGCGAACUGAUGGUACCAGUAACGGGGUUCUCGUAUAAUUUCAUGUCGGAGAUAACACUGGCCUUGUUCGAGGACAGCGGCUGGUAUCUGCCGGACUAUUCUAUGGCUACUAAGAUGCACAAGGGAAUGUUCUUUGGGUACAAACAGGGAUGCUCCUUCGUUGAGGACAAGUGCAUCAACAUGGACGGUGACGUGACGUUUGAGGUGGGGAAGGAGAAGAGUAGCCAUUUCUGUGCAGGGGAGGACGAUAACAAGCAUAGGUGCUCGCUUGACCUCAAGACCAAGGUUCAGUGCGCUAUAAAGCACGAGAAGGCACCGUUUUCUCAAUACGAAUAUUGUGGUCCUGUUAAACACAGCAAGUCGUUUUAUGGAGAUUAUUGUCCAAUUUGGGAAGGCGCCUCCUCGUGGGACUGCAAUCUAGGCCGAUUUGACGAUAUGUCGCGUCUCAAUGGCGAGCUCUUCGCGAAGGACAGCGUCUGUUUGAUGAGCUCACUACGACGCUCGCAGUACCUUGGUGAUGGGAAAGUUAAGAUUAUUCCAAAUCCGGAACAGAUCAGCGCGUGUCACCGCGUGGAGUGCAGCGCCGACCGGAAGAGCUACACAGUUUUCGUAGCUGUCGGGUAUGAUGGUGUGAGUACCGACGUUCGUCCGAUUGGAAGUUGCUAUACGGCUGGGCAAAUUCUGAAAGAUCCCAGCGGGGAGUAUUCUGAGGCAGUGAGCACGUACAACUACGAGGAAGGGUAUCUCACCUGUACAGACCCCGCGCUGGUGUGUGCUGUGAUGAAGUGA